AUUGUUCGGCACUUCACAAAUUUAGGUCUUUUUUCCGUCUAUUCGUCCAGGAUCAGAUCUUUGAGACAAGCUCAAAAUGAGUAAGCUUCAGAGUGAGGCCGUUAGAGAAGCCAUUACUGUUAUCAGAGCGAAAUCCGAUGAAAAGAAACGCAACUUUGUGGAGACUCUUGAGCUCCAGAUCGGUCUGAAGAAUUAUGACCCACAAAAGGACAAGCGUUUCAGUGGAUCUGUCAAGUUGCCACACAUACCCCGUCCUAAGAUGAAGAUCUGCAUGCUCGGAGAUGCCCAGCAUGUCGAGGAGGCUGACAAAAUGGGGCUAGACUAUAUGGAUGUGGAGUCUCUAAAAAAGCUUAACAAAAACAAGAAGCUCGUCAAAAAGCUUGCGAAGAAAUACCAUGCUUUCUUGGCCUCUGAAUCUGUUAUUAAGCAGAUUCCUCGUCUUCUUGGUCCUGGUCUCAACAAAGCAGGAAAGUUCCCAACGCUUGUGAGCCACCAAGAAUCGUUAGAGUCCAAGGUAAAUGAAACAAAGGCCACAGUCAAAUUUCAGCUGAAGAAGGUUCUCUGCAUGGGAGUUGCAGUUGGUAACCUUUCCAUGGAAGAGAAGCAGAUCUUUCAGAACGUCCAGAUGAGUGUUAACUUCCUCGUCUCUCUAUUGAAGAAGAACUGGCAAAAUGUGAGGUGUUUGUACCUGAAGAGCACCAUGGGACCACCACAAAGAAUCUUCUGAGCUCUCGGAGCUGCUUUAAUGGUGGCUAUAAGCCCUUUGUUUUUGUUUCAGACAUCUUUGAAAGAGUGUAAGAAUUGUGUUGCUCUUCUUUAGAUUUUGUUUGAAUGAUUAAAAGAAACUGCAGUGAUUUUGGUUAGUGGAUUUUGUAGCUUAUGUGAUCUUGAAUUA